AUGCCAGUGGACAAGAAGACGAAAACACGCUCAAACCCAUAUGAAAAGGUCAAACCAGAAGCUGGACCUUCUUCGAGUGAAGUCCAAAUACAAAUUCAAAGACCAGGUAGACCGACUCAUAAAAUACCAACUGUCGAACAAAGAAGUUCAGAUGCUAUACCCGGAUUAAGUAAACUGAAAGGUCAAAUAAGGCAGACCAAGAGAUUACUGGCCAAGGAGACGUUGGAACCUGGAUUACGUGUUCAGACUCAACGUCGAUUGACGAGUUUAGAAGCUGAUCUAGCAUCUGCUCUGAAGAGAGAUGUCGAGAAGAAAAAUGGAGCGAAAUAUCAUAUGGUGAAAUUCUUCGAACGCCAAAAGCUCGUACGUAUAAUCAAACGUUUAAAUCGCAAGAUGAAAGAAGAAGAUAAGAGUGAAAAGAAAAAAUCGAAAUUGGAAGAAGAGUUGAGUGAUGCUAGAAUCAUGAUGAAUUACGUUCUAAAUUUCCCGAAUUCCGAAAAAUACAUCUCAUUAUUCCCUCCCUCAUCCGAAUCCGAUCCCACAUCUGCAUCAGCUUCCACAUCUGCAUCGACCAAAGAAUCUAAAUUGACCUUACCACUUCUCCUCCACCCAACGCCGAAUAUCGAAGAAUUAGAUAAACCCUCCAAGAGGAGAUACGAGAUUUUGAAUGAGAUUUCAACUUUAAUGAAAGACGGUAAAUUGUCUUUGAAUCCUGAAGAUGAAGUCAAGAAAGAGAAAGUCAAUUUGUUGAAAUCUGAUAAUACAUCCAAAGCAACUAAAGGGGAUAACAAGGUCGAUGAAGAGGAAGAUGAUUUCUUUGAAUCUGAUUAG